AUGAAUCGAUAAUAAAUGGAUAAUGUACAUAGGUAGCCAGGAUUAAUUUCCUUCCUUCAAACAUGGUGGUAAUCACAUCUAUUUGGAACAAAAGUUAUCUUAACCUUUUCAAUAAUUCUUGGAUUAAUUGAUUUAGUUACUCAUUUUGCUUUUAACAUCUUCAGUAAUUCCCCUUGUUCAACAUUACCUAUUUAAAUCUAAAGAUUAUUUUUUGCAAACUUUGUUCAUUAUUACAGUAUUGAUUUGAUAUUAGCUAUCAUAUGCAUUCAUAGUAAAUUAAAAGAUUUUGAAACAAAGCAUGGCACAGCCACAUUCAUUAUCAUCAUUACUAUCCUAGGCUUUAUCACUUAAUCAUUAUGCCUUAUUUUGUAAUUUACCCUUUCCUAUUUAUAUCCUCCAUUCUAUGAAACUCCAGCAUAUAGUCUAUGGAACUUUACCAUAUUCUUUCUAAUUCAAGAAUGUCUAAUGAUGCCAAAUGGAUAAAGUCAAUUCCUGAUUUUUCCAAUGUAAAUAAAAAAUAAAUAUUACCCUAUUGUGUUUGUCAUUCUCUUUACAUUAAUUUAAUAAUCUUUGACCUUUGUAAGUUCAUUCAUAAUUGCCAUUAUUUACUUUUUAUUUUAAGAUAGAUUUUCAUUAUAAACAGCAACUAUCGAAUAAUUGGAAAAAGGAAUAGUUUUUAGACCUUUUAUAGAUCGAAUAGAUUUUAAAACAAUUUCUAAUUACUAGGAUUAAUUAGAGCCCAGUGUUGAUUCUAGGGAAUAACCAUAUCUUUAAACUCCUCCUGCUAAACUAACAAUGGAAGGAUGUGCUCCUUUUCCACCUUCUCUUGUCUUAUAAGAAUUGCAAAAGUAAUUGAAUGUCUAAGAUAUUCCAAAUCGAGAGGAAGUUUAAGAAGAGGAAGAAUAAAAGCAAGUAGAAUAAAACUAAGAUUUUUGA